UCGACACGAAAAUCAGUUGGAGAAGCAAGACCACACAGACUCACCACUCCUGCACCCCCUUCGGACCGCGUGGAAUGAAGACCCCACUCGAAUCAGAGCCAAUGUCUCCCACCCGUGUCCGUCGAGACAAUACGUAGAGAGGAGAGAGGGAGAAAGACAUGGAGUGACAUCACGCGUCACAUCAUGCUCUGUUCACCCUAGAAUCUCUGUGAUCAGCUUCGUUGGCUGAAUUUGGCCGUGUCUCGCAAACGAACCCCUCAUCAACGCUGCCUGCCUGCCUGCCUACAAGUGAACAAACAGCCCUGGUCGGAUACCCGACGUCAGUGAGGUGUCCCCUGUAGUGUCCCAUUUGUCGCAGAACAAGCUGGCUCCCCGGCAGAUGCUCUUCUCCCGCUUCUGGGUCGCCUCACUCUGCUAUACGGGUUACAGUUGGGCUGCAUUGUUUGACUCAGCACCGAUGAAUCAUCGCGUCUCCCUCGAGGAGUAAGAUUGCGACUUACUACCCAAGUUUCCUACGUGUACCUAUCAAGAGAUAUGUCGGCUUGUCAACAUUGAUGGCCUCCAAAUGUCACGUCUGCCUCUCUAGCUUUGGAGGCUUGCGACUUCUAUAAUCCCCCGUCUCUUUGUCGCAUCAUCGCGUCCGAGAUAGCAUGACCUCAACCGGCAUUUCUGCCUAGCAUUUUCCAGUAGUCGUAUAAUCCAAGAUGGCAGACAUAUCUUUCAUUCGCCAAAUCCGGCAUGGAUGGUUCACAGCCGACUUCUGGCUUUGCACAAUCCUUAUGUUCCUUGUCGAGUUCGGUUGCGCGGUUUUAGGAGCGCCGUCUCCUAGGUUAUUGGAGAUAGUCGUUUGUCGAGAGUACUAUGAUGAGAAUGGCGGCAGUUUAACACAACGGGACUGCAAGAUUCAGGAAGUGCAAAUGCGACUUGGCCUAAUGCUAACAGUAUUGUCGACAUGCUCAAUUUUUGCUGCAACUCUCAUGCAGAUUCCAAUGGGUCUCCUUGCAGAUAAAAGGGGGAUGAAAGUGGCCUUAGUUCUGAACAUCAUCAGUACAAUCUUAUACUGGGGCUGGUUGCCCCUUGUCGCUGUCUUCAUCCAUUUGCCGACAUGGACUCUAUACAUUGCCCCAGUAUUCAUCUUUAUCGGAGGUGGUCCUUGGGCAUCUGGCGCCCUUAUUUUUGCCGCUAUCAACCAAAGGAUAACGGCUAGUCAACGGACUCCUGCGUUCUCUAUAAUGGAAGCGAUAUCUGGUAUCGCAGAUCUCAUAGGCCCUGCACUAGGAACAUUGACCAUGGAAAACCACAUUAGCAUACCGUUCUUAGUAGCUACUCUAAGUUUCGCGCUCAUGUUUGUGCCGACAAUAUUGCUUCAGCAUGAUCCAUUACAGCUUUCGAUAGAGAUCGAUGAUAUAGACUCAGAAGCCGAAGUGUCUCGACCUGGUGACAGCGAAGAGCAACCCCUAUUGCGUAGUAUUAGCGCCGAUUCCAAUGAUUCCGAAAGACCUUUCAUACGCUCCACGAUGGCGAUAUAUGGCAUUACUUUCGGCUCGUUCUUUCUCAUCUCCUUGGCCCGAGACUCAAACAACUUCCUCAUACCCUGGAUAUCUUGGAGAUUCAACGAAUCAAUGGCUCGGGCUGGACUCAUUUUCUCUCUUAGGGCCAUCGUAUCAUCGUUCGUUUUCUUCGUGCUUCUACCGACGGCCAGUUCUUUCAUUUCCAGAGGGCUGAAGUAUGGGUCGUUUACUCGAGAUCUGAUCAUUUCAUCCUCCAGCACGCUGCUGCUUUGUGCCGGUGCGAUCUCGAUAGCAGUUUCCUCAAACCUCUCGACUCUGGUUGUUGGGUUCUGUAUAAUGACAUUGGGGUCUGGCGCCACUGUCAGCCUCCGCGCAUUUCUCGCGUCCAAAGUUGAUAGGUCCUUGUCCGGCCGUCUUUUUGCAGCGACUUCGACCACGUCAACGAUAGGUAGUUUAAUAGGGAUGCCAUUGAUGGGAGCUCUAUAUUCAAUUAGCAUUUCAGAGGAAACGGUUGACAUUUCUUUGCCGUUUGCUAUGGCCGCUGCAGCCUACUUUCUUGUUUCAUGUGUCAUCGGGUCGCUCCAUCUUACUGUCUAG